AUCCUGCCAAUAAAGAUUAUGUUAUUGGAAAUGGCGGUAUCCAAAAUAUAGAAAAAAAUUUGAGUAAAGCAGAUGACAAUAUAAUACUUUCCUGUAUUACAACUCUUAUGUACUUGUAUGCACCAGAAAUAAAAACAGGUUUUUGAACAAUGAGAGUUCCAAUGAAGUUAGCACGCUUAUUUUCUACAACUACAUUCAAACCUAAGUUAGAACUUCUAAGCCAUAAAAGUCUAAUAAAAAUCGAAGGUGAUGGCAUGUAUGAUUAUUGCCAGGGUUUGAUGACCAAUGAUAUUUUCAGACUAAAAACAGAGAAAUCUUUGUUCACAAUGAUAUUGAAUUCAAAAGGCCGUGUUUUAUAUGAUUGUUUGGUUUAUAAAGUAGAUGAUCAUAUACUACUGGAAUGUGAAAAGGAUUCUGCUAGUGACUUAAUCAAAUACUUAAGAAUGUACCUACUACGAAGAAAGAUCAAUAUUAACGUAUUAGAUGAUAGCAGUGUUUGGGCGUUAUUCAGUUCUACACCUAUGGACAUGAAACUUAAUUCAGUUAGCGUUUUUAAUGACCCACGUUUGCCUAUUUUAGGUCAAAGAAUUAUAUCUGAUAAGACUUCAGGUAUUAGAAGUGAAAUAUUUUUGGACGAACGUGAUAACAAAUUUACUUAUCAACAAUGGAGAUAUAGAAAUGGUGUUGCUGAAGGCAGCGAAUUACUUAAAGGCCAAUCUUUUCCAUUAGAAAUGAACUGUGAUUAUUUAAAUGGUAUAAGCUUUAAUAAAGGCUGUUAUGUUGGACAAGAACUGACAGCAAGAACCCAUCACACUGGAGUUACAAGGAAAAGAAUAAUGCCUUUAAUUUUUGAUGAUACACCCACUGGUUUGGAUUUUGAUGCUGAUAUCUAUAAUGGAUCUGACUUGGGUGUUAAAAGACCACCUGGCAAGUUGAGAGGAUUAUGUGGAAAAAUUGGUAUUGCGCUUUUAAGAAUUGAUGAAUGUUUGAAAGCUGAACAAUUAAUUGUUGGUGGGUUCACAGCUAAGACAUUUAUUCCAAAUUGGUGGAAAAUGUAAUACGGUUUAGUCUUGCUGAGUAAAUCUAAAUUUUUAGAUAUACAAUGUAGAAUAUUUAAUAUACAUGUACAAUUGAAUUUCUUAAAAUUACUCUGAUAAUUAAGCUAUAUCAUUUUAUAUAAAUGAAUUUCAUAUUUUUUAAAUCAUUUACUUAAUACAUGAAAUAAUUACUUAUGAUAAAUUACUAUUAAGAUAUCUGUUGUUAAAUAUUUAAUAAUUGUUGGAUAGUAAAUUAUAGUAUUAAAAAUUUUUACUUAUUUGUGGAAUCUAUAUUUUAUUUAAUGCAAAGCUUCUAUGCGAAUGUGUAUACAUUGAUAUAUUGGUCUAUGAUUUAAAUCCUACUUUAUCACAGUUAAAUUAACAUAAAGAUAAAAUUUAAAAUUUAACUAGGAGAACAAAAGCGUAACCUAGUUGUGCAUAUCAACAUUAAACAUGUAUAAAUAUAUUAAGUUGUUAUAAAUCUAGAAAUUUAUCAACACCAUCCAAAUUGUACUUCUGAUAGCAAAUUAUUAUCAUAUAAUAAAAUUAACAAUGUAAGUCUUGUGAAUAUUAAAUAAUCCUGGACUUACAUUUAAAUAAUUAACAUUCAUAUUUUAAUAAAAUUGUAUGAGUUAGAUAUUAAACCUAAACAUUUAUAUUAAUUUAUUAUUCCUAAAAUAUGUGUAUGAUCCCUUCAAUAUGAUUAACUACCGAUUUUAUAAUUUUUUUAUUAUUUAAUAAUUGAUAAAAUAUUACAUUAUGAUUUUUUGUAGUACUUUAAGUGUGUACACAAUUUUUGAGUAGGGUGUGCUGAGUAAUUUUAGUAGCAAUCACUUUUAACUUGCUUGAUAAAUAAAAAAGAAAAAAUACAUCAUUGUAAAAUCUAUACAUUCAAUAUUCAUCGUUCCACUAUCAGAAUCUAAAAUCAAAAUUUUCAUGGAAGUACCAACUAAUACAAUUCUAUUUAAAAGGGCAUAAUGACAGUAGUUUUGUUUUUGUGUUAUAGGUGCAUAAAAUGUAAAGGCAAUCAAUCUAAUUAUUUGAUAGUUUCUACAAGAAAGUAAAAUCAUUAUUUUACUUGCAUUUAUUAAUUAUGAUAAUAUUUGUAAAUAAAUUAACAAUUUUAAAUAUGUAGAAUUAUUUUUUACAAAGGGUCUGCUUCAAACACCGUUUGCACACUUAUUCAGACACAGUUUAACAAAAUUUUUUGAACUAUAAAAAAAUGUUCCUCCGAGUUUUUACUAAAUCAACUUAAAUAUUUGAAGGUGUAUUAAUUUGAUUCUUUAAAUCCGAAAAGAUUUUGAAUUAAAGUGGUUUUAUUUUUUUUGAACUUCGGAAAACUAUUGAACAUACCUUGGUGCCCACCGAAAUUUGUUUAGGAGAGAGCAAGUUUAUUACAUAAAAUAUAAUAUUCUUUGUUAACUUAUUGGCUUAAUAGAAUUUUUUAUAACUGACAUUUUUCGUAUAAUCACUUUCAACUUUAUAAAGUAAUUUAUUUACAUGCUUAUAUUUUUAUGUUUAAUAUACUAAUUUUAAAAAUAAUUUCUGAAAAGUCAGGGGGGAAUGCUCUAGCUUGCCGCCUUGCCCCCCUUCGGGCGCUUAUGCUAUUGAAUCUGAUAUGUUAGGUACAUCGUACAUCUAUGUUGAGAUUUCAUUUGAAACAAUUAUAAGGUAUAUUUUAAAUUGUGAACAAUUUUGGUUAACUGGUUUGUCAAAUUCAAACUAUUUACAUAAUUUUAAAUAUUUUGUGUAUUCAUUGUGUUUUAUUUAUUAAUUAAUUUGAGAAAUUGAAAUAUCAAAUAGGUAAAGUUAAUUAUUUUAUUUCUGAAAGAAGAAAUGAUAAAGACAUAAAGUGGACUUAUGUUUCAUCAUAAGAGGACGCCACACACGUAUUUUUUCUAUGUUUUAUUAAAACUUACAAAGUUAAACGUAAACUGCUGAACGUAAAUUUACCUUGUAACGCACUUGUAAAACGGAGACAACAAAUUCGGGUGUGGCGUCUUCUUAAAACGUGACAUUAUGUCAAUUUCCACUAUAUUUAUUAUUUUAAAUGUUUGUUUAAAACAGUAAGAUAUACAUUACAUAACUGUCAUAACUUACAAAUAUUAAAAAAAAAUGUAUGAUAAUAUUUAAAACAGUUUUACUAAUUAUUUUCUAACUUUUACACAUAUCUAUAAAUUAUUAUACAUUCAUACACACUAAAUAAAAGGAUAAGCGUGUAUUUAUCCAUAUUUUAUGUCACCAAUCAAAAAUUACCUAACAUUAUUUAUUUCCAUGAAUUAUGAAAUAAGAAAAAGGUAUCGUCAAGAGGCAUGGACUCGUGGGAGAUUUAUAAAAAAUAUAACAAAUAAUAUAAUGGUCCUUUUUCUUAAAAUAAUUAUUUUAAUUACAAUCCCUUAUUAAUAUUUGGAUUAUACGUCUAAGCGUCUUGCUAAUAUUCACCCCAAUUUCUAACAAAUUAUAUCAUACUUACUAAAAAAAAGCAUUAGGUAAUAUUAACUAUAUAAACCAUGAUUUCUAUAAUGGUGACCUAUCUCCAGGGGCGGACUGGGAGUACAAAUUGGCCCCGAGAAAACAGUAAAUUCGGUUUGGAUUUUAGGCUUAUAAAAAAUAUUUUUAAGUUAUCAGCCCGAAUUUUCACCAGGCCCAAGCGAGGAUCACCCACCCUCCACCCUAAUCAAUCCGCUCCUGCAUAUCUCUUUACACAAUUUCUCUUAUAUAAAUAUAAAUUAUCCGUAUAAUAGGUACCUCGUGUAUUACUUAAAUUGUAUUAUGUUACAUUCAAUUUUGGUUCAAAAUAUACGUAUAGGUACCAAGGUAUGUCUAUUUUCAUUUAAAAAUAAAUAUCUUACAGUAAUAAACAUAGUUGAUUUUCAAAUAAAAAUAAUCGAAGUAUAUGUUUAUGUUUUUCUCGUUAUAAUGGCUAACAAAUU